AGUGAGGCUAGACACGCAGGCAGAUAGUCUCGUUUGCGCAGCGUGUUUCCGCUUCCUGUUUGUGGGUGCCCGGAAGCUCUAGUCAGCAACUGCAGCAGAGAGGAUAGAAAAUAAUAUGCAACACUGAGGAGACCAGACCAUGGCAGACCUGCAGAAACUGUAUACAGACCCAUCGAGAUUUAUCUGCAUUUACCCAGCUUACAUCAACAACAAGAAGACAAUUGCAGAGGGAAGGAGGAUACCAAUUGAAAGGGCUGUACAGAAUCCAACCUGUACUGAAAUUGCAGAUGUAUGUCGUGCAAACAAGCUAAAUGCCAUCUUGGAGGCAGACAAGAUGUACACACGUGAGUGGAACCGGGAUGUACAGUACAGGGGUAGAGUGCGUAUACAGCUAAGAAAUGAAGAUGGCACACCGUGUGUGGAGAAACUUCAGUCAAGGAAAGCUAUAAUGAUUCGUGUGGCAGAGGAGAUCCCCAAACUGAAAACUCGGACACAGAAAACGGGAGGAGGAGAUCAGACAGUUCAGCAAGGAGAAGGUGGCAAGAAGAGCAAGAAAAAGAAGAAGUGAUGGACAUGUGUCGAUAGAGAAGAGCGACAAUUUAGUUUCCAGGGGUUGCUAUAUGACAACACUGUUCACACAACACAGAUCAAUGUCUCCAGUGUCAGCACUACACUUUAGCUCAAGUCAAUCAUGCAUUGUAAUAAUGGACUACCGACUAACUCCAAAGUACCUAGUAAUGGCCCAUGUUGUGGGUUGUUUUUUUUGUUUGUCAGAUAGUUUUAGUUUUCCUGCCAUACACAUUGAUAGGAGCUGGCAGUGUCACAGAAUUAUUAUUUUAUUUUUUAUUUUUUUUAAUUCCUGUUUCCAUAUUGAUUUGCUAUUUUCGACAGAUCUUUGUAGACCUGUACAUUUUAGAUUUCAAGCUGCCUGCAUACCCAUAUGACUAGAAUAAAUAUAUAAAUGACUGCAUAUGUCCUUAAAAUCAAGAAAGUUUACAUUGCUUUGAUUUAUAUUUUGGUGAGCCAAACAGUUCAUUUGGAUUAGCCUAAAUACAACGGUGACGUUAUAUUAUGUUGUUUCAUAACUUUCUUUGUACAAAUGGCAACAGUUAAAUAAAACAUUGUAUUUA